AGUCAAUCAAUUUCUCUGGUUGUCAAGAUCUGCAAUGAAGGCAUUUCUUGCACGGGAUAGAGUUGCCGAGUCUGCGUCUACGUCCGAUGACGAGACUGUAGUCGCCGUACAAGAUGGAGUACGCUUGAAUGCCGCAGGCUACAAGGAUCAAUUGAAUCGCCAAUAUGGUUUCUUUGGACUGGCAAGCAUGGCUCUGACGGUGGACAACGCCUGGGUCGCCUUGGGAUCGUCCAUCUCUGUGUCAAUCCUCAACGGUGGCCCACCCGGCAUCAUUUACGGCCUUCUCGUCGCCGUCUUUUACUACUCCCUCAUCGGCUUGAGUUUAUCAGAGCUCGCUUCGUCAGUCCCCACCGCGGGCGGCGUCUACCACUGGGCCACCAUCGCCGGCGGCCCUCGCUGGGGCCGGGUACUCGGCUUCUUCACCGGGUGGAUCAACUUUUACGGCUGGCUCUUCUCGCUCGCAGCCCUGCUGCAGAUCUCGAGCAAUGUGGCCGUGAGCAUGUACGCCGUCUGGAACUGGGAUUCCUACGUCAGCCAGCCCUUCCACGUCUUCAUCGGGUACCUCAUCAUCCUCUGGGGGUGCGCGGCCUUCAUUGUCUUUGCCAACAAGUAUGCUCCGUACACUCAGCAAGCCGGAACAAUUUUUGUUUUGGUCGGAGGCGUCGUCACCAUUAUCGUUUUGGCGGCGAUGCCGAAGCAACAUGCGAGCAAUCACUUUGUAUGGGGCUCUUUCGAUGAGAACAAUGCCACAGGGUGGUCAGGGGGCGUUGCUUUCUUGCUGGGCGUUCUCAAUGGUGCCUUCACGAUCGGGACUCCUGACUCGGUAACCCACAUGGCUGAAGAGAUGCCACAUCCCAAAAAGGACCUCCCAAAGGCUAUCCUUUUGCAGAUAUCCCUGGGCUUCGUCUAUGCCUUUUGCUUCGCCGUCGCGUUGUCGUAUGCCAUCACGGACAUAACGGCUCUCCAAGGCGGUUUCAACUCCUUCCCGCUGACCAACAUUUAUGUGCAAGCCACUACGAACAGCGAUGGAAUUCGGAAUCCGGGCGCAGCGUUUGGUCUGCUAUUCAUCAUGCUGGGCUGUACGCUGACGUGUUGCGUGGGCCUGACUUUGACGGUUUCGCGAACCUACUGGGCGCUCGCACGCGAUAAUGCUGUGCCACUCUCCAAUGUCUUCGCUCAGGUUAAUGAGCGCCUGAGCUGUCCUAUUUGGUCAACCUUGUUUGUCUGUGUCGUCGCAACCGGUCUGGGUGCCAUACCCCUCGGAAGCUCAGCAGCCUUCCUAGCACUGGCAAGCUCGUUCAUCAUUCUGACAUCCGUCUCAUACGCCAUCCCAUUCGCAGCAAACAUGCUCUCGAGGCGAAAGUACUUCCCUCGUGGACCCUUCCAUCUAGGAAAGGCGGGAUACAUUAUCAACGGACUGGCUGUGCUAUUCAUUGUCUUAUUUGAUAUCAUGUUCUGUUUCCCAUUCGUGUUGCCCACGACAGUAGCGACGAUGAACUGGAGUGCAGUCAUUUUGGUGGGAACGGUGGCGAUUACGGGACUGUGGUGGGCGGUCCACGCGGUCCAUCAUUAUCCUGGACCCAAGGUGAUGGAUCUUUACAUUGCUACCGAAGGUGUAAGCCCCAUCGCUACGGAGAAGAACACGACGACUGUCGCUUCGUCAGAGCUGAAGGAACCUCACGCAUUGCAAUGA